UGCUUGGGCGUCGCCCUGUCUCUGGGUGUCAGCUCCAUUUUGGCGGGGCCUCUGGGUCUUCCUGCUGCUGGGCCCCUGCCUGGAGCCCAGAAGAGCGGCUGGCACUUUAGAAACGCUUCAGUCGACACCCAGUGUCUCCCCGGGCAACUCUCUUCACCUUAAAGUGAGGACUGUAAUUGCCCCGCAUGUCCCCCCAACGUGAUCCUUAAGAGGAACUAAUGAGCUAUAAUGCAUAUUAAAGCACUUUGGAAAGUUUAAGCAUGGUGAGAAUGCAAAACAUUGUGACCUCCUCAAAGGAAAGAAAAAAGGAGCGGUGUCUUAUUUCGCUGCAUCAUCCAUUUGACCCUUAUUAAACGCCACGGGAUGGAUUAUUACUUUUAAGUGAAGCUGUUUUUCCCUUCUAGUGGGAGACUUCGAGUGCAUUGACAGUGGGCUGAGCUUCUUAGUCAUUUCCUGCCAGUGUCUCUGCAAGCAGGUGAUGUUAAAAGUAAACAGGGUUUGGGGACUGUAGAGUCAGGAAGGACCACAGGGCAGGUGGUCAGAGUCCUUAGUGGUUUUGCAGGUUUUUAUUGGGGUUCAGUGGGUACGUGGCAGGCAGGGGUGCUGGGGGGCUGGGAGGCUGGCAGUCCUCCCAACCCCCAGCAAAUCUUCACUCUAUCUGGGUUCUCUGGCGUUCUCUGCUUGUGCUUUGGGCUUCUUCUCUUUCGGCUUCUACUGGCAUCCCCGUGACACUGCCCUUAAAAAAAAAGCACAGUCUUAGCACAGGUGUACCCACUUCAGGUGCCCGCCAUCAGACAUGCAUUCAGGAUCACAGGGUUCCCUCAAGCUGGGGAAUCCCAGGGUAGAUGUGCCAUCUGAGUGGUAGCAGCUGCACAUGUGGUAACCACGGACCACUGUGGCUUUAUCUUUUUUUUUUCAAUAGAUGCUGGAAUAUUUCAACUUUGCAUACUGGCCACUAAAUUACCCCUCCCUCUUCCCUCUCCCCUCCCCCCAACACAAAGUCUGAGAGCCAAAUUGUGAACUCUGACUUCAGGUGUUCUCUAAGAACGGCGACCAAUUGAGAGUACAUGGUGGAUGGGAAUUAAUUUGAAGGGUAGGAGCGAGAAGCAGGUGUCACAGUUCACUCUGCUGGGGACAAAGAAAUCAAAUUAAUGACUCUGGGUGAUUGAUAUGGACCAAAGGAUAGUAACUUGAAGCAUCAAGCACAAUUUCUAUAGGUAGGAAAAAUUCUUCAAGGUAGUGGUUUUAUGUAUAAAACCUAAAAGGGGGAAAUAGGUUGUCAUGAACUUGUAAUUUAGGACUAAGUAAAGCAUUCCCUUAAUUGCACAAACCAUAUUGAGCAACUCUCUUGUGCCAGGUGUCAUCACAGAUACACGGAUGUGUAAAUACAGGAGUGGUUGAGUCCUGACUCCCUUACCCUCAGUGUGCUCAUCAGUGAAAGGGGAGGGAUGCAUGUGCACAAAUAAAUUGCAGAGACAACAGUGCACAACCCUGUGUUCAAGGUACAAGCAAGAAAGGGCAGGAAGACUCAGGAAGGAAGUGACGUCUGAGCUGAACUUUGAAGAACCAAUUACAUUUUAAGUGGAAAGAGGAAAAGGAUAUCCCAGACCUUGAGAACAACAUGUGUAAAGGCAUUAGGAUUGCUCGUAACUCAGUACCAUUAAAAGAUUGAAAAAUAUAAGGAAGGAAAGUCAAGAGAUGAGGCAGGAAGAUUGGCAGGUGGCAGUUGUGAAAGGCCUGGUAAUGCCUGGAUGAGAAUAGGCCGAGGAUGAUUUGUUUUUAUUGUGGGGCAAUGAUCUUAUACGUGUUUGUCACCAACUUACAUAAGGGUUUUGUUUUAACGUUGGAACUGGAACAUUAUUUUCUGAUGUCACAAGCUGACCCUCUCUGGCUUGCUAGCCUGUCCAUUGAAGAGUUUUAGACAGACUGGAUUUCAAGAUACCAGCCAAAUCACUUCUCAGGCCUUCAGUUUUUUCUUUAAUGAAAUUUAAGUCAUUGAUGUCAAUCAACUCUUUCAUUUCAUGUUUUAAACUACUUACCCUUCUGAGCAUUUCUAUAGGGAAAAAAUAACCACUUAAUCAGGACUCUAGUAACUUCUUUUCCCAUCAAAGCAGAAGCAAGAAUUGUUUCUGCCCUUCCUCCUCUUACAGACUAAUGCCAAGGAAAUUGAGAAGGAGAUAGGGCUACAAGCCACAGGUUCUCCAAUCAUUCAGUCUAGGACUGUUACAUGACAUCUCUGCUACUUUGUGAGUGAUCAGACAUUGCAAAUAGCCCCCUUGGGAAUCAAGCUAAACCUCAAGAAGACUUACUGAGAAACUUUGGAGAGAGUAUCAUGGAGUUCAAGAUUGAGGGGAAGGAAAAAUACCAACAUAGCUUGAAUUUACUCAAUAAAAUUAAGAACAUGAAAGAAUUAGCUGAAAUGAUUGACGUGGUACUCAUAGCAGAAGGGGAGAAAUUUCCUUGCCACAGACUGGUUCUGGCUGCAUUUAGUCCUUACUUCAAAGCAAUGUUCACCUGUGGACUACUUGAGUGCACUCAAAGGGAAGUCAUCCUCUACGACAUCACAGCGGAAAGUGUGGCAGUCAUAUUAAAUUACAUGUACAGUGCAGCUCUGGAGAUCAACAACACCAAUGUGCAGACGGUGGCCAUGGCUGCCUAUUUUAUGCAGAUGGAAGAAGUCUUCAGUGUGUGUCAGAAAUACAUGAUGGACCAUAUGGAUGCCUCCAACUGUGUAGGGAUCUAUCAUUUUGCAAAGCAGAUUGGAGCUGAAGAUUUAUGCGAUCAAUCAAAGAAAUAUUUAUAUCAGCACUUUGCUGAGGUGAGUUUACAUGAAGAAAUACUGGAAAUUGAAGCGUACCAAUUUAUGAUGCUUAUUAAAUCAGAUGACCUUAACAUAUCCAGAGAGGAGAGCAUUUUGGACUUAGUCCUGAGGUGGGUCAAUCACAACCAAGCAUUGCGCACAGAGCAUCUUGCUGAGCUUCUGAAGCAAGUCAGAUUGGAACUUGUGAAUCCUUCUUUUUUAAGACAAGCCCUAAAAAGAAACACAAUGCUUCUAUGUAAUGCAGAUUGCAUUGACAUAAUUCAGAACGCUUUCAAAGCCAUCAAGACACCCCAGCAGCACCGCUUGAAUCUCCGUUAUGGCAUGGAGACUACUAGUCUCCUGCUUUGUAUUGGCAACAAUUCCUCAGGAAUCAGGUCAAGACGCAGAAACUAUGGGGAAGCCAGUUUCUGUUAUGAUCCCGUAUUGCGGAAGACCUAUUUCAUCUCCUCUCCCAAAUAUGGAGAGGGCUUAGGAACUGUGUGCACUGGUGUUGUCAUGGAAAACAACACGAUCAUUGUGGCUGGAGAGGCAAGUGCCUCUAAACUCUCUAGACAAAAGAAUAGAAAUGUUGAAGUCUACAGGUAUCAUAAUAGAGGAAACCAGUUCUGGGAAAAAUUAUGCACAACUGAAUUCCGGGAGCUCUACGCUCUGGGCAGCGUCCAUAACGACCUCUAUGUGAUAGGAGGGCAGAUGAAAGUUAAAAGCCAGUAUCUUAUUACAAACUGUGUUGAUAAGUAUUCCGUAGAGCGGGACAGUUGGAAAAGGGUGUCUCCCCUUCCACUACCGUUGGCGUGCCACGCUGUAGUAACAGUGAAUAAUAAACUUUAUGUGAUUGGAGGCUGGACCCCUCAGAUGGAUCUUCCUGAUGAAGAACCUGAUCGAUUAAGCAACAAACUGUUGCGAUACGACCCCAGCCAAGACCAGUGGACAGAGCAGGCACCUAUGACAUACUCGAAGUACCGAUUCAGUGUUGCUGUAGUCAACAGUGAGAUUUAUGUUUUGGGUGGAAUCGGCUGUGUAGGCCGAGACAAGGGCCAGGUUCGAAAGUGCCUCGAUGUGGUGGAGAUCUACAACCCCGAUGGGGACUUUUGGAGAGAAGGCCCACCUAUGCCCAGUCCCCUGCUCUCUCUCCGAACCAAUUCUACUAAUGCAGGAGCAGUUGAUGGGAAGCUCUAUGUCUGCGGGGGGUUCCACGGAGCAGAUCGCCAUGAGAUCAUCUCCAAAGAAAUACUGGAGCUUGACCCAUGGGAAAGCCAGUGGAAUGUUGUAGCUGUCGAUGUCCUCAUGCACGACAGCUAUGAUGUCUGCCUGGUGGCCAGGAUGAAUCCCCGAGACCUCAUCCCCCCGCCAUCGGAUUUGGUGGAAGAAGACAAUGAGCACUGAGCACCACUGUGGCUGCUCCUGUGUGAACACAGCAGAAGCUGUCACGUCUCCCUGGGUCCAGGAGGUCUCGCCUUGAGUGGUGGUGCAUCUUCCAGAGGCUCUGGGUUUGAGAUCCAGGCUCUAGUUCCAGCGGUGCUACUCAGCUAGCCGUGUGAUCGGGACAACAUAACUUUUCUAAAGUCACCUAAGCAGAAGAAGAAAAGUACUUUAUAGGGUUGGCGUGAGGAUUGAGGGAGAAAACACUGAACAAAGUGCCUGUUAGAUAUGAAAACAACAACUGCUCCAGCUGCCAUUAUCAUCAUCCUGAUCGCUGCAGUCAGCACUUCCCAAAGCACGGAGCCCAGAACAACGCAGUACUUGAGUACUUAAUAGAGUACUUAAUUUACCAGACCCGGCCACUUGUCCCCUCCGUGGGUGCCCUGAUAGACAAGCACGGGUUUGCUUUAGUGUUUGUUUUAAGCCCUGGUGCCCCUCAUCUGACUUUCCUGUUCAUAAUUAAAAACAAGCCACCCUGCCCUGCGCCCCUGUUGUUAAGAUGAUCAGUAGAGAUUCCCACCGAAACAACAUCUCCCUAUCACUCUUUAAUCCCAAUCUCCCUGGCAGACUCUCAUAAAAGUCGCCUGUUGGCUAGUCCUUAUCUUUGUGACACUGGAUUGCUUGACUCCCAGCAAGGGGACACCAGAGGGAAGUGAUUUAGAUGCUGGGGCUGAGAGAUGCCUGCAGCUGUGAGCCACAGCCCGCUCAGUUUGUGUUCAUCAAGAAGGCAUCAUUGUUCUCACUGAUUGACUUUAUAAUGAGCAAAUGCUUUAAAUUUGAACUUAUAAAAUAAAAUCUUAGUAAGAGAGGCUGGCUUUUAUUUUGCUUUGCAUAUCAUAAGUUGGUGUAAAGUCCAUAUGAAGAAGGGGUUCCUGUGCCCAGGAGGUGCUGAGCAGCACCAUGUGACUGUGCGUAUAGGAGUUUGUGUAUAUGUUUAUAUGAGUGUGUGCGUGUGGUGUGUGUGGAUGUGUGCGUAGGGGUGUGGAAUGUGUGAUUCUCAAGACGCUGUACACUAGAGCACCUCACCAAACUACUGGAACUAGGAGACAGGGAUCCAGGAAGGGAGACAGAAGCCACAUCUUUUCCCACACAUAACAGCUGAACUAAGCACAUACAUUGUGUUACGAAAAAUACAUCAAUUCAGAUCACUUAGUGCUGUCUGCU